UAUCACCACAUUAAUAAUAUAAAUCCUAGGCAAAGGGUAUUCGUGUCAAGAACACUUUUAUCUCUUCAAAACUUUUCUCAUUAUAUUCACUCGAAUUCACAAUAAGUGGUAUCAGAGCCAAGUUUGAUGACAAGUUUCGUGAAGUUUGGGGUUCCAGGAUUCAAUAGAACAGAAAACUUUUAUCUCUGAAAGACUCGAGUGAAGGACAUGCUGAAUCAACAAGGCAUGAAGAAAACUUUGUUAGACACAAAGCCAGAAGCGAUCUCACAAUACGACUGGGAUGAGAUGAGGGAGAAGGCAUGUUCAACGAUCCGUACGUGCCUUGGAAAUGAAGUUGUGCAUCAAGUGCUAGAAUUCAAAUAUUCUGCCAACUACACGGUGGUGGCAGCAGUCACAACUCUCAAAGCGAUGGACUCUACAUUCAGGUUCGAAACUGAUGAUGAAAACUGUGUGAAUAAUGCAGAAAAAGACACGACGUUGAUGAAGUGUCAGAUUUCAAAAAGGAAUUUUUAUCGUCUACUUGGAAAUGUGGUUUGUUGUGGAGCAGCAGCCAUAGUCACUGAAUCGGAUAGCACAACUCUAUGGCAUAUGCGGUUGGGGCUUAUAGGAGAACUCGACUUAACUGAACUUUAUAAGAGGGAUUUUUAUGGUUUGAAGAGUUGUAAGAUAGAGUUUUCUAAGUUCUACGUGAUGGGAAAGCAUUCCAAGGCUUCUUUCAAGGCUGGACUUCCGAAGGUGUUCUGGGCAGAGGUAGUAAACAUGGUGGUCUGCCUCAUCAAUAGAUUGCCCAGGGCUUCUCUAGAAAGAAAGGUUGUUGAAGAGGUGUGGACUGGCGUAGACAUUGAUCUAUCAAACUUGAGAAUCUUUUGUUGUCCAACUUAUUUGUUAAUUCCCAACGACGAAAUAACAAAGUUGGAUUCUAAGUCUAAGAAGUACGUUUUUCUGAGAUUUGAGAAAUUCGUAAAAGGUUUCAAGUUAUGGGAUCAUGAGGCUAGGAAAAGAGGGAUCAGUCGUGAUGUAGUGUUUGAUGAGCAGUAUAUGCUACAAGAGGCGAGUUCAGAACGAGUUUUUGUGAUCAUUGAGGCUGAUACUGGUUCUGAGAUAGCUGAGGAUGAAAAGGAGUCUAGUGAAGAUAGACCAAUAACGGAAGUAGAUGAGCAGUCUUCUAAGGUGGACUGCUCUCUUUAGGUGGAGAAAUCUCCUAAGGUGGGGAAAAUAGAUAAUUAGAUACAUCUAGAAGGGAGUCUUGUUGCCACCAAAGUAAAAAGUGUAAUCAAGCCCCCUGUCAGGU